GCAACCAUGCCCGCUGCACCCCAAACGACCAAGCACAACCGCCUUCGAACCUGCAGCGCACUGCCCGCAGAAUCCAUUUGCCAGAGGUUUGCAGAAACAGGAGCAUGCAAGUUUGGAUAUCGAUGUCGAAACCUGCAUAUCAUCGAUGGCAUUCUAAACGGAGACAUGAUUCAUCCAACUACUACCUUGCCGGCGGUACCUGCAUCCAGCAAUCAAGACGAGAACAACGUUCCUUCACCCCCACAAUUCGCUCGGGUCUCUCCAGCGUGUCCACCGAUUGCUGCCGAAUCAUCCAACUGUGUUGAAUGGCCUCUUCCUCGCCCUCCCCCGUCGUCAACCAAACAGCUCGCAGCCAGCCGCAAUCCCCGCUUGUCCAAACCACGAUUAAGUGGCGACGAUGCGGCCAACAAGGGCCACGCUGCAGCCAGUGACCAACUCCUGCCAUCCAACGUCACUUGCGACGCGGUCAACAACCAAGGUGACGGUCAGCAAGUCCUUGCCGCCAGCCUGCUUCCGCUCCCACCACCACAGGAACCACCCGUGUUUCUUGGCUACAACAUGCAUCGGUGGCUGGCGCAUGAAAUCGAGGCACUAGUUCACCAAGUGGACGUGAAAAUGCACACUGCUCGCGACAAACAACGCCGAGCCACGAUGAAAUUGAGCGGACUUGUGCGUGAACUGUGGCCGCAUGUGACAGUGGAGGUGUACGGGUCGACGCACACGCAGCUCUGUCUGCCUCACAGCGACGUGGAUUGCGUGCUGGUGUCGUCCAAAACGUUAACAACAUCCCCCGUGGACAUGCUGGAAGCGUUGAUGGAGAGACUGGAGGCUUGUGCGUGGGCUAGGCACGUGGAACUGCUCCGCAGCGCUCGCAUUCCCAUCUUGAAGCUGCACUUCGUCAAAUGCAGGCAUCCCGUCAAGAUGGACGUCACGUGCGGUCACUCUCCUGGGCACAGCGGGAUGGAGGCGCGCGGAGUGGUCGAUCAGUAUCGCAUGGCCAUGCCGGCGCUGCGACCGCUUGUGAUUGUGCUCAAGUCGCAUUUGCACGCCAAAGGUCUGAAUGCGUCGUACUCUGGCGGACUGUCGUCAUAUGCGCUCGUGUUGAUGGUCGUUCGAUUCCUUCAAUUCCAAGGCGAUGUACACACUGCCUUCAAAGAGGAGUUGGAGCCCCACACGGACGAAGGCAGACAACCAUGCGUGAUCUACACGUUUUUCCGCACGGGGAUGGUGGUGUGGCAAGGCACGAUUGGGAUGCUGCUGCUCCAGUUCUUGGACCUACACAUACAUUUCGACUUUCACCGGUAUGGCAUGUCCAUUGCCAAUGGCGGGGAAUACUUUGAGAUUGACCCAGCUGCCACGGCGGUGUCGUUCCCCCCUGUGUCGCCCAUGGUUUAUAUCAUGGACCCACUCCGAUAUAACCACAACAUUGGCAACUCGUUCCGCAUCCACGAGAUUGUCCAUGCGUGGCGAGUUUGGCGCGACCAGAUCCUUCAGCGGGUAUCGCUCAAGGAGACAUUGACGUAGCCAUGCUCCCUCCACAGCUCCCUUCACAGACGGACGCAUGCCGUCCUUAGGCCCACGCCAUUUUGCUUCCACUUAUCUAAUGUUACAAUUGCACACUUCAACAUCCA